AUGAAUGCCAUUCGCAAAUUCAUUGAUAUUCGCAAAGCAGCAGGAACUGAUGAUGUUGCCUCAUUCGUUGUCUUCAGUGGUUCAGCGACAACACCACUUGAUUUAUUCAAAGAAAUCAAACCAUUGACCGAGAACGAUUUAAUUCGCUUGCAGAAUUCGAUGCCUGGUGAUGGUACGAGUUUCGAGGCUGCCUUGCAAAAAUCCAUCGACAUAUUGGCAUGUAUAAACAAUAACGACAAAGUUCGUAAAUUAUCUCAGAUUAUCGUCUUCAUGACAGACGGAGAGGCUGGUUAUCCUCAACAACAACUAGCCGCCUUGUCGACAACUUACCGAUCGGUGAUAAAAGAAUUUUGGACAGUGGCAUGCGAAACGAGUAGACUUUCAGUACUCAACCAAAUCAACCAGGUGAUGAGAGGCAGUUUCAAAGACAUCAAAAAAGCGGAGGAUCUCGUACGAGCUUAUGCCGAAAUAGCUGAGCACUAAUAGAAAGAGAACUUUGCAUCUAGUAUCUUGAGGGUGUGGGUGUGGGGUGUGGGUGUGGGUGUGGGUGUGUGGGUGUGGGUGUGGGAGGGGG